CCGUACGGAGGAAUUCCCCCGGCCCUUCCUCCCACCCAGGACGAGUGGAAACCGGUUCCGGGUCUGAUCCCCGGUCCAGAUCGAGCCUUGGCUGCUGCUGCAGCGCCCCGCUUCCUCCUUCGCCGACUUUUCUGCUGCCUCAUCGUGACUCAGCCAAAAAACUUAUGACCCAGCCCAGGAAAAGCGCUUUGCCCACGUGCGCGUGUGAUUCAUCCGGACGGGACGCUUCCAUUGGGGACUGCAGGGGGGAACGGGUGUCGGGAUCCUGCGGGGAUCCCUUGCUCUCUUGCAAGCCCGGCGUCGGGGAUCGGGUUCACAAGGCGUCCUGAAGCCCAGGCAAGUGGGGGGUGUCUGUGGCUCCUCCGCCUCCUCUUUCCCUUCCUCUCUCUCUCUCGUCCACCCCGCGGCCCAGCGGUGGUGCGAUCCGGUGCAAGCCAGAUGGACGGCGUUAUAUGAGCCCCGGGAUGUGGGGAGUGAGAUCGCGAGCUUGGAGGGAGCUGCUGGGGCUGGAUCUGGGAAGGUGGAGGCGCAUCGGGGCCGAGAACGUCGCCAGCAUGGCAAGCGAAGGCGGCGCAGGGCGCAGCAUCCAUUCGGACAACAUCGCCGCGGUCCACGAGGUGCCCAUGAAGGUGAUCAUCAGACCCAUCCCUCCUGUCUUGGAGGAAGGGAAGGUGGAGAGCCUCAUGAGCACCAUCCAGGAAGAAGCUGACCGCGUGCCCCCGAUAGAUGUCCUCUGGAUCAAAGGCCGAGAAGGGGGCGACUACUUCUACUCCUUUGGAGGGUGCCACCGUUACACAGCCUACAAGCGGCUGGGCAAAGAGACCAUCCCAGCUAAAAUCAUCUGCUCCACCAUCAGCGACUUGCGCACUUACCUGGGUUCCUCCCUGCCUGAUUUGCGGUAGGGAUGCUCUUGGGACCAAGCGGUCCUCAGGAGGGGAGAGUUGAUCUUGUGUUCGAAUCCUGCCUGUGGGUUUCCCACGGGCCUCGGGUUGGCCCCUGCAAGAACAGGAUGCUGGACUAGACGGGCCAUUGGCCUCAUCCUGCCACGCUCUUCUUAUGUUCCUCAAGGAGAUGAGCUUUGCUCUCAGGAUGGCAGGCUUCCGAUAAGGAGACUGUUGAAUCGCAACAGAAACAGAGACUGUUUUUACCUCAGGUAAUUUCUCCUCCUGGCUUUAGUCAUCUGGCUUUUGUAUAUUUUUUUUAAAAAAACGUUUUUUAUAUCGUAAAACACUUUAUAUGGACUUUUCACAAUAGGCUUCGGAAAGUUUGAAAAGAAGCCUAUAAAUGAAUAAAGGAAAAUGUAUCAGAA